AUGAUUUGGGAGGUUCGUUCAAGGGCGAAGGCAAUUCGACUAAGGUGUAUUGUAAUGCAGGCUGCCGACGUUGUCGUCAACGAGAUCAAGGCUGCUGGCGGUAAGGCCGUCGCAAAUUACGAUUCGGUCGAGAAUGGCGAAAAGAUUAUCGAGACGGCAAUUCAGAGCUUCGGUCGUAUCGAUAUACUGAUCAACAAUGCUGGUAUCCUCAGGGAUAUCAGCUUCAAGAAUAUGAAGGAUGACGACUGGGAUCUGAUUAUGAAGGUGCACGUCAAGGGAUCCUACAAGUGCGCACGCGCAGCGUGGCCUUAUUUCAGAAAGCAAAAAUACGGUCGUGUUAUCAACACUGCCUCCGCUGCCGGCCUGUUCGGUAGCUUCGGCCAGACCAAUUACUCAGCUGCCAAACUGGCCAUGGUUGGCUUCACCGAAACAUUGGCCAAGGAAGGUGCCAAGUACAACAUUCUAUCCAACGUAAUUGCACCAAUCGCCGCCAGCAGAAUGACACAAACUGUCAUGCCGCCUGACGUUUUGGAGAAUCUGAAGCCUGACUGGGUUGUACCCCUUGUCGCCGUCCUGGUACAUAAGGAUAACACUGAUGAGAACGGUUCCAUCUUCGAGGUUGGAGGUGGCCACGUUGCGAAGCUGCGCUGGGAAAGGUCAAGCGGCCUACUUCUCAAAGCUGAUGACAGUUAUACGCCUGGAGCUAUUCUCAAGAAAUGGGAUCAGGCUAUCGACUUCUCCAACCCUCAAUACCCAUCCGGUCCCAAUGAUUUCUUAACUCUUCUUGAAGACUCCAUGAAGAUGGGCCCCAAUGAUCAGGGUGAAAAGCUGGAUUUUACGGGUCGCGUUGCCCUUGUUACCGGCGGGGGUGCUGGUAUCGGCCGGGCUUACAGUCUGGCGUUCGCCAAGCAUGGCGCUUCUGUUGUUGUCAAUGACCUGGCCAACCCCGACGAUGUAGUAAACGAGAUCAAGAAACUUGGCGGCAAGGCUGUUGGUGUCAAGGCAUCAGCAGAGGAUGGCGAAACCGUUGUCAAAGCCGCUGUGGAUGCUUUUGGCCGCAUUGACAUUGUUGUUAACAAUGCAGGUAUUCUCCGUGACAAGGCAUUUAACAAUAUGGACGAUAGCCUGUGGGACCCCGUCCUGAAUGUCCAUCUCCGCGGCACCUACAAAGUUACCAAGGCGGCCUGGCCUUACUUCCUGAAGCAAAAGUACGGCCGUGUCAUCAACACCACUUCUACCUCGGGUAUUUAUGGCAACUUUGGCCAAGCUAACUAUGCCGCUGCAAAAUGCGGUAUUCUUGGAUUUUCUCGCGCCCUUGCACUUGAAGGGUACAAGUACAACAUCUACGUCAAUACUAUUGCGCCUAACGCCGGUACGGCUAUGACGAGGACUAUCAUGCCGGAGGAGAUGGUACAGGCCUUCAAGCCAGAUUAUAUUGCUCCCAUUGUUCUCGCCCUCUGCAGUGACAAGGUUCCGAAGAACCCUACGGGUGGCUUGUACGAGGUCGGCAGUGGCUGGGUUGGCCAGACCCGCUGGCAGAGAAGCGGCGGUCACGGCUUCCCCGUCGACGUUCCCUUGACUCCCGAAGAGGUGUUGAAGCACUGGGAUUCCAUCCGUAAUUUCGAGGAUGGCCGUGCUGACCAUCCUGAGAAGACUCAGGACGGUCUUCAGAAGGUCAUGGCCAACAUGGAAAACAAGAGCAACAAGCAAGAGAAACCGUCUGAAGGUGACAGUCAAUACCUCGAAGCUAUUAAGGCGGCAAUGAAGGCCGAACCUCAAGGCACCGAAUUCAAGUACGAGGAGCGCGACGUUAUGUUGUACAACCUUGGAAUCGGUGCUAAGCGCAACGAGCUGAAAUAUGUCUUCGAAGGUGCCGACGACUUCCAAGUUAUCCCAACCUUUGGCGUUAUCCCUCCUUUUGGGACUGAAAUGCCUUACAACUUUGACGACAUCGUUCCAAACUUUUCCCCCAUGAUGCUGUUGCAUGGAGAACAGUAUCUUGAGAUUAAGAAAUACCCCAUCCCCACCGCCGCGAAGCUUGUAUCCUACGGCAAGCUGCUUGAGGUCGUUGACAAAGGCAGCGCUGCCAUUGUCAAAAAUGGUAUCACAACAGUCAAUGCUGAGACUAAGGAGCCCAUUUUCUACAAUGAGAUGACGGUAUUCCUUAGGGGCUGUGGUGGCUUUGGCGGCCAGAAGAAGCCAGCUGAUCGCGGCCCUAGCACGGCUUCCAACAAGCCUCCUUCUAGACAUCCCGAUGUCGUGGUUGAGGAGAAGACAACUGAAGAACAGGCGGCGUUGUACCGACUAAGUGGAGACUAUAACCCUCUUCACGUAGACCCUGCCUUUGCUAAGAUGGGAGGCUUCAAGGCACCUAUCCUUCAUGGUUUGUGCUUCUUCGGUAUUGCUGGCAAGGCCAUUUACGAACGUUUCGGUCCCAUCAAGAACAUCAAAGUACGAUUUGCCGGCACUGUUAUUCCUGGCCAGACUCUCGUGACGGAGAUGUGGAAGGAUGGUGGCAAGAUCAUCUUCCAGACUAAGGUCAAGGAAACGGGCAAACUGGCCAUCGGCGGCGCCGCAGCCGAGUUAGUAGCCGAUAAGAGCAAAAUCUAA